AAAUGAAAUCGAAAACCGCAAAGGCGCAGGCCCCUAGGGAAGCACCCGUAUGGAUGCGCGCGCUCCACCUUGGUCAGAACUGCGAUGAACUUGUAGCAAAGCCGCACGCAGCGCCCCCGUUAGCGGGUGCUGCUGUGAUAUCCGCAUUUCUAGAUUUCCCUGAGAAAUGUGUCCCCUUUCUCACAGGAGACGCUGUGAUGCGUGAAUUGACAGCUAUGCUUGGUAAUGUGCUGCCGCCAGGCAGUAUAGUAGAGAAGACUGCGGAAUCCGUAGAAGACGAUAGUGAAAAAACAGAAAACACCAAAAAGGAUGCUCCUCCGACCUGCAAAUCAUCGUGGUUAUGGCAUUUUGCGUUUGCAGCUCCUCGGGUCCUCGAAAGCGUAUUUGCAAAGCCACUUUUACCAGCGGAAGCGAAAGAUAAGCUCCUCAAAUCACUGUGCGCUGACCACGGGAAUAGGUAGAUUGUCAUCCUCAAUGGGAAUUCCUAUGGUUGGUUCUGUUCGUGUUUGUUGGUUCAACUCCUGUCUGACCCCCAGUAUUCGGCGAUGUUCAUGAAUACUAUGUCCUUUUUACUCGGCUUGCCUAUAUGCCUACACUUCCUCUCUUGAAUUACCGGAUCAUGAUCUGUUUUUUGACUCGAUUGAAUUCGCCCUAAGAAAACCUGCAUUAUCUUCACCUUCAGGUCCUCGAACAAGGCAUCGAGCGAGCAAAAGAAAGCAGCCACGGGUGACACGGCUCCAUCGACAGCGAAUAACAGGGAUUCCCUUGCUGAACAGAGAAAACGGAUACCUCUCGUCGCGCUUGCGCUACAGCGUCGCACGGGAUGGGUUGCGACUGCUGCUUGGAAGGCAGCGAGUCUGGUGUCUGUGCGUGAAGAGAUGGCGAACCUGUUGGUUCGACAAGAAAAGGAACUAAGAGAAGAGAACAUAGCCGUAUGGCGAGCUUGCGAACUGCAUGCAUGGAAAACCCGACAUUCAGAGUGGCGCGAAAAGCAUGAAAAGGCAGACAAACGACGAAAAACAUUUGCCGACAUUCUUUCCUUUCAGCCGAAAAACGAUAGUCGUGACCAGGACAAGAGCAAGCAGCCAGGCGCCCUUGAUUCUUCUUCUAAGAAGCGAAAAAGAAGCGAAUCGAGCACCAAAGCAAAUAUUGAAAUUCCGGCAGCUGAACCGCAGACGCAGAGCGACACACCGAGACCAAACAACACAACUUCAUCUAGUACAGCAAAAGGGUCUAUCGACGUUGCUGUAGCUGUUGAGGGUAAGCCACCACUGCCAGUAAGUAGAACGGCUGAGCAGAGUGCAGACAAGCCACUAGAAGUCGCAGUCUCGAAAGACAAAAAUCUGCAAGCCGUUCUUGCUUUUCUCCAUCAGCCUGCGGGCCCCAAAUCAAAAAAGCGAAGGCUCAAUGCGAAAAGGUAGGUAUUUUGAGGAACUACUUUGCAGUAAUGUUACUCUUACUCCCCCUUAGUUUGGAGUUUGAUCAGCGACAGAGUGUGAGUGUGUGUGUGUGUGAUGACAGAUGUGACAUCUAACUAAGUACUCGUUUUCAUUUUUUCACCUCGAAGAAGGUUUGGCCGUUUCUGAUUCAGAUUCUUUGUUCCUCGUGACGUGAAGGCGAAUCACACGGUCUGAUUCGCAGAGUUAAUCUGACAAUCGUCAGUUGAAAAUGCAAAUCUGUGGCUGGCACUUAUGGGUCGUUUUUCCUGCUCCUCGUGUAUUGCAAUGAUUGCUGAUUCUGAUGCUGAAUAAAUAUUUAUAUAACAAGUAUGGUCUAGAUAUAUAUUUAUAGAUAUAUAAAAUAUAUUAUCUGCGGGAACCGUCGUCGAGCGUGAUGAGACUGAGACUCAUUGAGAAGCUCUGUAUCUACUGAGCCACGUGGUAAUAUAUUGUGAGGCGAG